AUGCCCAUCCACGUUAUUGAUGAACAAGUUGAAGAGCGCUGGGCCCAGGCGGCUGGGCAGYUGCCCCAGGCAAACGGCCUCUUGCUCAAGACCUUGCUGGCCUCGUUCCACCACAUCAGCCAGAGCGCAGCCACCAACSAAAGGAGCUCCAGGAGCCUGGCCGUGUGUCCAGGCCUGGACAGCACGUUGCCGCUGCAGCUGCAGGUGGAGAUGAACAGUAAGGCGCUCUUCGGCGCGGCGCUGGACGCGCGGCGCUGCGCGCGCUUCUGGCGCCUCGUGCAGCGCGGCGUGGCCGCGCGCGACGGGCUCUGCCGCAAGAGGGGCCGCUACCUGCUGCAGCGCGCCGUGGACGCGGCCGCCGCGCAGCGCGCCCAGCUGCGCUGCGACACGCGCGAAUCAAAUCUGUUUUGGUGGUCUGUUGAGGAGAGUGAAACACUUCUACAGUUUUGGGAAACUUACAUUUUGAUAAUGGAAACUUUGGAAGGAAACCAGAUCCAUGUCAUAAAGCCAGUAUUACCAAAGUUAAACAGUUUAUAUGAGCUCGCUAUAUCAGGGAAAAAAGAUUGCUGGUUGUUUCAUCCAUCUUGGCACAUGUGCAUCUAUAAAAGAAUGUUUGAGAGCGAGAAUAAAACAUUGAUGAAGGAAGGCAUUCUUCAUUUUCUGGAGCUUUUUGAAACCAAGCAUCUUCCAAAUCCCCUUGAGUUUUCAGAGUUUGUUAUUGGACCACUAAUGGAUGCUCUCUCAGAAAGUUCUCUUUAUAGCAGGACACCAGGCCAGUUAAUGGGAGCCUGUUCUCCUUUAGGAUUGAAGUUACAAAAAUUCUUGGCCACUUACGUCAUGCUCCUUCCAGAUGAAGAAAAAGGUAGUUUCUUGUUAAAGUUCAUCCAGAAGAUGACAAGUAGACAUUGGUGUGCUGUCCCCAUUUUGUUUCUUUCUAUGGCACUGGCAAAUAUCCCUGCAUGUAAAGUAUUGGGUGCUGAUGGACUUUGUGCUCUAAGAGAUGUCCUACAGUGUACUAUGAUUACACAUCAAAUUUUGUUGCGAGGAGCUGCUCAAUGUUACCUUCUUCAGACAGCUAUGCAUUUGACAGAUGUGGAGAAAGUUUCCCUCCCAGAAGUGGCAAGCUUUCUCAUGUCCCUUCGACCAGAAGAGUCCCUAAGGAGAGAUACUAUGCUGUGGAUGGAGCUUUGCAGUUGGCUGCAGGUGAAUGACACAUGUUUCAGAAAGUCUGUAAAAUGUGAUUUUGAGUGUCAAGAGAUGUCAUCACUGUGUUUAUAUGUGCGCAGUCUUGUGGGAGAGUACCUUAAGACACCAGUACCUGAAGGAGAAAAUUGCUUUAUGCCUGACUGGUUUGAAGCUAAGCUUGUUGCAACAAUGAUACUGUUGGCUGCAGAUGUGGAAGAGAUGAGGAAUAAAUGCAGUGGAAAAAGCAACAUAGAGUGGAUUGAACUAAAGGCUUUCUUGAACCCUCUCCUGGAUGUCUUGAUGAAACUUGGCAGUAAUGCUUACAUACCAACACUGAAAACAGAUAAAAGCCUACAGCUUCUGCUGAAGUUAUUGCARACUCGUUCGUUAAAAUGUUCCAAUCUGCAAGAUGAUGGGGUAUUAAUCUUUAUCUGGAAAUCUUUAAUGACACCUGUGGGGAGUAUUCUUGAGUUUAUCCUCCGGCGGCUUACUACAAAUGAAUUGAGUACUGUUGGGGAUCUGGAUCGUUGUGACUUAUACUUAGCUUUAUUUCCGGAGGUAGUGAAUUUGUGCUUGCAGGUCAGCUGCGAAAAGGUACCAUCUAUCAAAAAUUUCAUUUUUGCCCUGACGAAUGCCUCUAUUCGUAAUCUUCAGAAGACAAACUGUGAGGAGGAGCCCAAGCUUAAAGAACAAAUUAAAAAAGUAGCUAGCAUGAGCUCACUGGCUGUUGUGUGUGAGGUUAUGGAUCAGAAGCCUGAAAUGCACCUUGAAUCUCUGCCUUCUAUGGAUGCCUUGAAGAAAUUUGUUUCCUUUUCUCAGUUUAAUGAAGUAUUAAAGAAACCAUCUUACACUGAAGAAAAAAAUAGCUCAUGUGAAGAAACAACAUCUCAGGGAUGGGGGAAAAUAGUUGCACGUUAUGUUCAUGACCAGUGGAUUUGCCUUCGUUUCAUUUCAACUACCUUUCAUACUGCUGAGCCCGUGUCGGAAGACAAACUUUUGGAAGUGCCGUUGUCCACAGUUGAAGGGUUAACAAAAAUGCUACAGGCUGCAUCAGAAGCCCUGACUAUUCUUCCUUCAGACCAAGUCUUACCUGUGUUUGACUCCAUGAAAGUCCUUGUUCCCAAGCUUCUGGAGUCAGCAGAGUCUCUGUGCAUAGAAGCUUUUGAUUUGGCUUGGAAGAUUAUAUUCUCUUUGAGCAAUACACAGCUAAUAUUUUGGCCUAAUCUAAAAGCUUUCGUUCAGUUCAUCUUUGAUACCAAAGUUCUGGCUGUUGCUGCAAGUGCAAAGGGUCAAGUGUAUUCCAAAAUAAAAGAGAUAAUCUUCAAGCUCAUAGAUAUGUCUGCUACAAGGACUGGAGUCUUCAAUGUAGUCAUUAGUCAUUGUUGUCAAUCUUGGCUAUUUCCCACUGUUGAUGAUAGAAGUGCUUUGACAAAUGCUUUCCUGAAUGCUGGAAAUUACUGUGAACUUAUCACAGAGGCUUGUGUCUUUGGAGCUGUGUUCAGGAAAGAUCAAAGACUUGUUCAGGAUGUACACGCCUUCGUAGAAAAUCUUGGAGAAAAAUGUGCAGCCAAUGUUGUUACAGAAAGUACAAACAGAGAUGAUCACUAUGUGCGAGUUUGUGCUAUUAAAUUUCUCUGCUUGUUGGAUGGAUCAAAUAGUUUGCACAAGAUGUUUAUGGAAGACAUUGCCAUCAAACUACUUGAUAAAGAUGAGCAGGUAUCCAGAUCUCGAACACGUUAUUAUGCAAACUCCCUACAGCAUAGAAUCAAAAAUCGGAUAUGGCAGACACUUGUAGUUCUUCUUCCAAAGCUUGACCAGACUUUUUUGUGUGAAAACCUUAGUAAGGUUUUUCAAGCUGGAUUUGGUAACAAUCAGGCAUCUGUGAAAUACUUCAUAGAAUGGAUUAUCAUCUUGAGUCUACAUAAAUACCCCCACUUUCUUGCAAAGUUCUGGGAUUGCUUUUGCUACGAUGAGGAAAAGCUUAAAACAAGCAUCUGCACAUUUUUGUCAGUUUUAUCACACUUUGAUAUCAUUAUUCAAAAUAACUCCGAGAAGAAGCCAGCUUUGAAGAAAGCCCUCGUGGUUGUUCUGCAGUGGUGUUUCAACCACAAUUUCAGUGUUCGACUUUAUGCAUUAAUUGCCCUUAGAAAAAUCUGGGGUAUGUGCAAAAUGUUGCACGUGGAAGACUUUGAAGCUCUGACACCAGCUAUUGAAUCCAGCCUUCAACAAGUAGAAAAUAUGCAUGGCACAGGAAAUGCUAGAAGGAACUGGCAGCGAAUCCAAGAUCACUUCUUCUUUGCAACAUUUCAUCCUGUUGAGGAUUACAGUCUAGAGACCAUAUUUUACACUCUUCCCCGCCUUUCAGAACUUCCCGAAGAUGAAUGGAUCCCGCUGUGUAAAUUUGACAGAUUUACAGACAUUCCUUUGCCACCAACAUUUCAGUGGUACCAUUCUCGAGCUGAACUUCUUGAUCUAAAACCAAGUGACUGGUCUCAGCAAGACAUGGGUUCCAAUGUGGUUGACACAAACAGCCAGACAGAAUGGACAGAUGUUCAGAAGAAGAUCAUACCCUGGAAAAAUAGUACUCCUAAUUUAGACCUGGAGCUGGUAUUUCAAGAUCGUGCCACUAAACUUGGUAAAUCAAACAGCAGCCUGAUUGUAGUGGCUUCGCUUAUUGAUAAACCUACCAAUUUAGGAGGUUUAUGUCGCACAAGUGAAAUAUUUGGGGCAUCUGCGCUGGUUGUCGGCAGCCUUCAUUAUCUACAGGACAAGCAGUUUCAGCACCUUAGUGUUUCUGCAGAGCAGUGGCUCCCCAUUAUUGAGGUGAAACCAGCUCAGCUUGUUGAUUAUUUACAGCAGAAAAAGACAGAAGGCUACACUAUCAUAGGUGUGGAGCAGACAGCAAAAAGUUUUGAUCUUACAGAAUAUUGCUUCCCAGAGAAGUCUCUGUUAUUGCUGGGUAACGAACAUGAAGGAAUCCCAGCAAACCUGAUUCACCACCUGGAUGUCUGUGUGGAAAUUCCUCAGCAGGGCAUUAUCCGGUCACUGAAUGUCCAUGUAAGUGGAGCUCUGCUCAUCUGGGAGUACACAAGGCAACAAGUGAUCAAGCAAAGACAACAGAAAUGACUGCCGAGCUUUGUGCCUUAUAGUACAGCCGGAAGAGGGGUGGGAAGGACAGGUGUUCUUAUGGUGCUAAACCAUGGAAUUUUGGAUAGGAAACGACUCAGGGUGAACGAGGAUACUGAACUUGUGCAUGUUGUACUCUCUGUAGUUCAGAUUUUUUUUCAAUGCCUUAAUACUUUACCUCAUUAAAUGUAACUGUUGCAUCAGUAAUAAAUACUAUUUAUAUUGCAU